AUGCAGCAGAGCAAACCGCCGGCUUGGGACCGGGCCCUUAGUGAUCCUGGUUUCGCGAGCGCCGUGGGAGAAAGCGGGGACGGAGCAGCUGGAGCUCGAAAGAUCGGGUUGAGCGCGGAGGAAAUCGCCAAAGUGAAAGAGGAGUGGGAGGAAAGGCAAAGACUAAAGAAGGAAAAGGCCAAGGAAAAAGAGAAGGAAAAAGAGAAGGAAAAAGAGAAGAAGGAAGAGGGGGACAAGGACAAGGACAAAAAAGAGGUCAGCGACGAUGUGAAGGAGAAAAAGAGCAGCGUCGCUGUCCCGUCGCCCGCGUCUGGGUCCAGUACGCCGUCGACUGCAGCGCAUCCGAGAUAUUCACUGCAUCGGGAUUUCUUCGCGAUGUAUAUACAGGCGGAGUCUGAACACAGAGAAAUUGACUGGCCGCCUUUCUGGCCAUCGACCACCAUCACCCGCUACUCACCGCACGCAACGCCUGCAACGUCGACCAGCCCUUCUUACACUCCUCAACAACCACCUUUGCCGCCUGGUCCCCCGCCACCACAGCCUGCCCAGCCAGAUUACACGGCCUACUGGGCAGCAGCGGCAGCAGCACAAGCCCAAGCGCCCCAUAUUCAGCCAGCAUUAGGUGCUUACAACCCUCAAUGGAACGCAGCCCAGCCCCCUAGACCUCCUGCUGAGCAGAGCGCGCUGUACGCGAACUAUGGCUAUGGGAACCAACAAAGCAACUGGCAGCGUCAACAGCAACAACAACAGCAACAACAGCAACAUUACCCUCCUCCACCACCUCCAAUGGUCCCUCAGCCGCCGCAAGCCCAGCCUGGUUACAAUCCGUAUCAGCCCACCGCUGGGUAUCCGCAGCCAUACAUCCCCCAGGCUGGUCCUCAACCAGUAGCUCAACCAGCGUUUCCACCUCCCCAACCACAACCACCUUUUUAUAUGCAGCAAGCCCAACAUAUGCAACAACAGCACCAGCAACAACAACAGCAACAGCACCAAAACCGAGCCAUUCACCACACACCACCGCAACACCUCCCCCCUGCUAAGCGUCAACGUUUUGAUGGACCUAAUUCGAAUCAACAGCGGCAAGCUCCCCCGCCACAACCACAAUUCUCGGCUCCACCGCCGCCUCCUUCAGUCGGUGGAGGUUAUUCGGGACCAGGGCAUGGUCAAGGGUCGAGAGGCGGGGCGCCUGUUGGUGGUAUGAGCGGAAGAGGUGGGGGCAACGCGCAGAGAGGAGGGGGUGGGGGAGGGGGCGCAAGAGGCGGGAGGGCAGGCUCAAUGGCUGGUGGUAGAGGUGGAAUGAACAAUCGUGGAGGAAGGGGUGCAAGCAUGGGGUCAAUCGGUGGUCAGAACAGAGGCGGGUCGAGCGGUCAGCUCAGAGGUCAUGGAUCGAGAGGAAACUUUGGUGGCAACAAGGACUUUCAUAAUCGUCGGACUGGUGGUCAAUUCGGUGGCUUCAAUCAUCAGAACCAAAACUCGUCGUUCAGGGGUCGUGGAUCUCAGAAUCAUCCAAAUCGAGGUUCGAGACACGAUGGCGGAGGGAACACGAAUAGCAACUAUGGUGCGAGGGAUGCACCGAUGUCGUCAAGUUACGGCAGCGUCAGUAAGAAAGACGAGAACAGAAGGACGCUCACAGAUUUCAAGAUCGUUGGUCUGGAAAUCCACGAUCUUAGUUGGGAAUGGGGUAUAGUCUCUUCAACACCUGCCAAGGCUGAAGUAAAGGACGAACCCGUAGAGGGUCAAGUGCCUUCAGAGCAAGCCGACAAAGAAGAGCGUCGUAAUAGUGAGAUCUCUGCGGGCUCAGACACCACGAUGAUCAAUCCUGAUCAGGCUCUGGCAGACCCCAGUGCUACUGCUGAUGUUGCGGCGGUGACCAAAGAGUCUACAGACCCUCCCACCCAACCUGCUGCAGAUGCCGCUUCCGCUGCGCCUUCUGCAUCUACUUCGUGUCCUCCGUCGCGUAUCCGGAUAUACUUCCAUACGCCUGUUACGCCGGACGAUUCAAAGCCUAUUCCACAUAACUCAUCUUCGUAUUCUGUUGCCUCUGAUUCGGGUCGCAAAGGGAAGCGCAAGAAGUUGGAGGAUGACGAUGGUGAUAUUGAAGAAGGUCGCGCACCCCCACCACCGCCCCAGAUGGCUAGUGGUGCUGGUGAUGACCGUUCUAGCGUUGCGGCUAGUGUUGCUCCCAGUGUUGCGGAAACUUCUAGUGAAGCGGAUUGGCUGAUGGCUGCGAUCGCAGAAGGCGAAGGCGAGGGAGAACAUACUCAGGCAGCGACGGAGAUAGAAGGCGAGCCUGAUCGUGAAGUCGGCGACGACGCGGAUGAUGACGACGAGUACGGCGAACAUCUUCAUGUCAGCCAGAUCGUAGAAGCGGACGCACCUGUGUACGACGAUGUGAUGGAUACUAACGGUCAAAUUGGUGAUACGGAUGGGAAUGGAACUGCUGCCGUUGACGAUCAUGCUGCCCACCCCUCAUCUUCAUCGGGGGAUGGUCACGAACACGAUGGUUCUGCUGUCGGAAAUGGGCACACUGACAUGGCGGUGUCUAUUGAAAAUCAGGCUGGGGAAGAGCCUUCCGUUGAGAUGGAAGCUCCUGAAGCGCCUUCUGCGGAUGCCAAAGAUCUUGGCAGCGACCCCGCAGCUGCCGAAGCUGAGGGCGAUGCCCCCGUUGUUACUGAGGACAAACUGCCCAUUGGCAAAUCGUUGCAGGCCGUUUCUGCGGAGCCUACACUUUUGGAUAUUCCGGACGACGGAGAGGCUUCUCAGGACAGCUCCACUGUGAUCAAUGGAGGCGAGUCACUGCAGGAUGCGCAACCAGAGCAUCUACCAGAGCCACCUGCGUCACCUGCAUCCAACACCUUGUCGGCUUCUACCCUUGGAGAUUCGUCUUCACAAUCACCUUCUAAGCCAGACCCGAAAGGCACAAGAACGCCAUCUGCUAAUCGCCUAUCGAUCUCGUAUGCUGGUGGCAACCGACGGCUGGUAAUCGACGCUGAGAUAGUCGACAAGCUUCAACUAUUCCGCCAAGACGGGAGAAUAGAAGUGAUUCUCAAUGUCGAGAAAGACAAGGACAGUGAACAGAGCCUGAAGGGGAUAAUCGUUGAAGGUCUUUCGGAGAAGUCAUCUUACACAUCGCUCCCAACGUUGGAUGAUGCCCCAGAUGUCACUGUACCACCAUUCAACAAAGCACAAAUCCCUUCAAAGAUGACCCUCAUCGUUCAUUUGGAUAUGACUCGUCCUCUUUCAGAACCCAAAUGGGCGAGGUCCGGUGAUAUCCAAGAAUGGCUAAAAAGCAUGUUUGGGCGAAUGUUUUGGGUGGCUGGAGAUGCAGCUGAAGGAUGGGAGAAGAAGAUUAUUGUCGUUGAUCCCGAUCCGCCUCCAACGAUUUGGACGGUUCUUGAGGGCUGGGCCGUGAAUUCUCCGGCUGGCAUGUCUUCUGAACGUCAACGCUUCCUCAAGACCCAUAUGACGGAUCCUGAUAAUGUGUUGGAAAUUCUACUCCGCCUUGUCAGAGGAGAGAGGGCCACCCCGUUUUCGCAGUCGGGGCAAUCAAUAUCACCACCCAGCGUAUCCGGACCGCUAUUGGCUGCGUCCCAGGGCUCGGCACACGGAGCGCAACAGACACAUGUGUCUCUGGCUGUCCUAGCUAUCUUCCGAAUGUCUGCUGAGUAUGCAACGAAGGCUCUUGGGGACAAAGGAAAAGAGGAGGCGGAAAGCAGGGUGGGCGAGAUCAUACGGUGUCUGCCGUCACAUUUGAUCUAUAAGAGCUUGGACGGCAUCUUCAAGGAGUGGAGAGUCGAGAAGAAGGGACGCUGA